AGGAUUACACGGGUUUCCUCAAUUGAACGCCAGUCAAGGCAAACGCCCGGGACUGCUGUGCAUUUGGGUACAAAAUAAACAAGGAAUAUUGUUCAUUUUUCGUUACAUCGCUCCUGCGGUGAAGAUACAGAUGUCACCUAUGUGUUGAUGAGGCUGUUUCCUCUGUUCGUGCGUGAUCAUUGGAUUAAAUGUGUUAUUUUCCACUGACGGUCCCACUGGAGUCCCCUGUGCCACUAAUGACUAAUGUGGUUUUUAAAGACACGGCUGCGCUUGACUGAAGAUCCAUUGCACACCUCAUCAUAAUGAUGGCAAAGAUUAUCUGGGACACUAUUUUAUUAAUAAGUGGGUCCCUCUUUACAUUUGGAGCUGGGCAGAACAAUUCAACCCUUAGUGAUGCCAACGUCUAUUUUGAGAGUAAUUCCACAGUUUUGCCAUAUUUUUCACCAAACGGCUCUAAUGGCUCUUCACCAGCGAGUCCAACGACUAUUGCAACUAGCACAACGGGCACCACUCCUAUUAAAAAGUUUGUGGCAGCGGCAGUGCGGUCUCACUUUGAUGACUGCCCAGACUCCCAUCGUCACUUCUGUUUUCAUGGAACAUGUCAGUUUCUCAUUAUGGAGGAGACGCCUGCGUGUGUGUGUCAUCAAGGUUUUGUGGGGAUACGAUGUGAGCAUGCAGACCUGUUGGCGGUAGUAGCCACCAACCACAGUCAAAACACCUUUGCCACAGUAUUAGUGUUCUGUGUCAUCAGCUGCAUCCUUUUAGCAGUGCUGGUUACUCUUCUACACUGCUGGUGGAGACAGCUCUGCCGACGGAGGAGAUAUGCACAUCACUAUGCCUCUGAGAAGAACAGCCAUGGAGUGUCCUACUGGCCAUCAGAAAGUGUGGUUUGAGAAAACGCUGCGAACAUGUUUUGGUGGGUCUGAAGCUGGCUGCGUCUUGUGUUUGGCUUUUUUGUGCGCUGGACCUUCAAAACGUCUAACCUUCAAAUGAUCUUCACAAGCUCUGGUGAGGAAUUCUUGCCGAAGAACACUGCAGGAUUAUUAAAGUUAAAAUUCAGUAAUUCCACUAGUGAAGAACUUCCGUGUCUACGCCGUCUGUGGAAAUCUAUAAAGCAAUCAGCAGCCCUCCACUUCAAUGAUGGAGAAGCUCUGUUUGGUCCCAAGCCAAACUAAAGGAAGUCGUCAUAUCGGGAGCUUCUAAUAACUUUUGGUAGAGGACGAACUGGGAACAGGCUUUAUUCAGGUAAAAGGACUACCAGGUUUCACUGUCUUAAACUAAAAGCCUCCAAUUCCUAAUAAAGGUUUUUAAGGCAGCACGUUUUUCACAACUUGAGCACAGAAUAAUUUUUAUUACAAGGUGAAGGGACAUACCACUGGUUUAAAGAUGUUUAUGGUCUGAUUUUUAAGGAACUCACUGAACUGCUUGUAAUUUAGGAAUUGACUUCUGGAUGACAUUGUAAGCGCAUAAAAGAUUCUGGACAAACAAGGAUUCCCAGUGGUGAAUUAUAGAGUGCAAAUACUCAAAUUGUGUGGUUUAAAGUUGACAGUUGUUUUGAUACUGAAGAUUAAUUCUAUUUGGUCAGUUUUAUUUUUUAUUCCUGAGCUAUACUUGAAUAUGCAAAGUUCUCUGGCAUGCUAUAACUACACUCACUUUGAUUAUGUUAUGGUACAUUUGUCUUAAACCACUGCACUGUUUAAAUUUUACUCACAUUUGCUUCUGGAGGUGCAUCUACAGAGAUGCCCAAUUAUCACUGUUUUAACCCUGAGCACUGAAAGGGUCACGUGGUGGAGCACAUUCUAUUUAAGCAUGUUAGCACUUGCAUUUAAGAAAGAAAAAAACAUUGUACAUUUGCACAAUUAAUUUUAUGUCUAAACUAUUAGAGCAUUAUAGCAUUGCCCAAUUUUAACAAUAAAUCUAUUUAAACUGCAUUUAAAUAAAUUGCUAAAAGGAAUAUAAAAAUGACUGACAGAUUAAAUUUGAACAUACUAUGACUUUAGAUGUGAGGCAUUUAUGAGCCCAUAUUUUUGUUUUGUUUACAUGACCUUGUAUUUGUGUUUAUCUCUGUGGAGAUGUCUUUUUUAUUCAUGUUUUAUUUUUCUGAUAUGUUUUGUGUCUAUAUUCUUUUAUUUUUCAGUAUUGAAUUAAAUAUGAACCAG